CAGAGACGGCGGCCGAGAGGCGGAAGUGGAGGUUGUUGUGGCUCGGCCGGCUGCGCGAGAGGGGCUGCCGCUGCUGAGGCGGCGGCCGCGGCUCUGAGGCGGUGGCGGGGCUGCCGACCGCGGGCCGCUCGGCCUCUGGGCUCGGCCCGCAGCCUUCCGUCAGCCAGCCGGAGCCCACGCCGACCAGCGCCUAUCCUAUGAGUGUGUCACUGGUGGUCAUCCGACUGGAGCUCGCGGGUCACUCGCCGGUCCCCGCCGAUUUCGGCUUCAGCGCUGCCGCUGGAGAGAUGUCCAAUGAGGAAAUCAAAAAGAAGACGUUGGCUUCAGCGGCCGCCUGCCUAGAAGGGAAGUCGCCAGGAGAAAAAGCAGCAAUCAUCCACCAGCACCUUGGCCGUCGGGAAAUGACUGACGUGAUCAUUGAGACCAUGAAGGCCAGUGCAGAUGAGUUUCGAGACACAUCGGAAGAAAAGACGUCUUCAGCAGCCCCCAGCUCUGCACAGAGAAGUAGAGAGCAGAGUGAGUCUGUGAAUACGGUCCCGGAUUCUCCGUCCAAACAGCUCCCAGACCAGAUUUCCUUCUUCAGUGGCAACCCUUCCGUUGAAAUAGUCCACGGCAUUAUGCACCUGUACAAGACAAAUAAAAUGACCUCCCUAAAAGAAGACGUGCGGCGCAGUGCCAUGCUGUGUGUCCUCACCGUCCCGGCCACCAUGACCAGCCAUGACCUUAUGAAGUUUGUUGCCCCGUUUAAUGACGUAAUUGAACAAAUGAAAAUUAUCAGGGACUCAACUCCGAAUCAGUACAUGGUGCUGGUCAAGUUCAGUGCGCAGGCUGAUGCCGAUAGUUUCUACAUGGCGUGCAACGGCCGCCAGUUCAACUCAAUCGAAGACGACGUGUGCCAGCUGGUCUAUGUGGAGAGGGCCGAAGUGCUCAAGUCCGAAGAUGGCGCCAGCCUUCCUGUGAUGGACCUGACGGAGCUCCCCAAGUGCACUGUGUGUCUGGAGCGAAUGGACGAGUCUGUGAAUGGCAUCCUCACCACCCUAUGCAACCACAGCUUCCAUAGUCAGUGUCUGCAGCGGUGGGAUGACACCACGUGUCCUGUGUGCCGGUACUGUCAAACUCCAGAGCCAGUGGAAGAAAACAAGUGUUUCGAGUGUGGUGUUCAGGAGAACCUCUGGAUUUGUCUAAUAUGUGGCCACAUAGGCUGUGGGCGGUACGUAAGCCGACAUGCGUACAAGCACUUUGAGGAGACCCAGCACACAUACGCCAUGCAGCUCACCAACCAUCGGGUCUGGGACUAUGCUGGAGAUAAUUAUGUCCAUCGACUGGUGGCCAGCAAGACGGAUGGGAAGAUCGUUCAGUACGAGUGUGAGGGCGAUACCUGCCAAGAAGAGAAGAUCGAUGCCUUACAAUUAGAGUAUUCAUACCUGCUGACGAGCCAGCUGGAAUCGCAGCGGGUAUACUGGGAAAACAAAAUUGUGCGCAUAGAGAAGGACACGGCAGAGGAGAUUAAUAACAUGAAGACCAAAUUUAAAGAGACCAUUGAAAAGUGUGACAGCCUGGAGCUCAGGCUCAGCGACCUCCUGAAGGAGAAGCAGUCUGUGGAAAGGAAGUGCACUCAGCUGAGCACCAGAGUGGCCAAGCUGAGCACGGAGCUCCAGGAGGAGCAGGAGCUGAACAAGUGUCUGCGCGACAACCAGCUGCUGCUGCAGAACAAGCUGAAGGAGGAGGAGAGACUGCUGAAGGAGACCUGUGCCCAGAAGGACCUGCAGAUCACAGAGAUCCAGGAGCAGCUGCGCGACGUCAUGUUCUACCUGGAGACGCAGCAGCAAAUCAGCCACCUGCCUGCGGAGACGAGGCAGGAGAUCCAGGAAGGGCAGAUCAACAUUGCCAUGGCCUCAGCCCCCAACCCACCCUCUUCAGGUGCCGGUGGGAAGCUGCAGUCUAGGAAGGGCCGCAGCAAAAGGGGCAAGUGACCUUGAGAGACUUGUCCCAGAGACUUCCUGGGCACCACAGGGUGUGCUGGGACCUUUGCUGAGUGGGAGGGUGGGCCCCUAAUAAGUACGUCUGAGGACGAACUGCGGUCGGUCGUGUGGCUCCUUCAUUUGUUGCGUGUGGUGUGAGGAGACUAAAAGUGGGGGAAACGCUGGCAGCAUUUCACAAGGGCAAGCCACAGCUCAGACACCUCAUGGCCAUUCUGCCUUCCAGCUGGGUAGCCCCCGGCCUGUGCAAUUUUCCGUGUAUUUAUUCAGUUGGAGCACUUGCAGUUGGGUUCCAGGGUAAAUCUAUGACAUGAUGUGACCUUCCUAGCACUAAAGGAAUUCCAGCAUUACUUAGCACUAAAGCACAGUGCCUCCUGAGACCCCAGCUGCCUUCAGGAGAGGAGCCUGCGGCCCACUGCAGAGGGUCUCCCCCCAUCCCUCCCUCCCUCCCCCUUGAAGAGCUGCUUGCAUGUCAGAGCGAAGGGGCUCAGUUGUCCUCAGCAGCCUGACUUGGGGACAGGAAGAACGAGCAGCUGGGGCAGAUGGAGUAGACCCAGUUUAGGGAAGAUGGUGACAGCUCUCUUCAUUUUUGAUGACUCCAUACGAAAUGUGCCUGUCAAGUAAGAAAAGCCUUACUGGCUCCUCCUCUGCUCGCUGGGGUAACUGAGUGUCCUCCACCUAGCAGGAGUCGGGCAAGCCUGGUGAGAGGCCUCGGUGGCGAGCUGACGUGGCUGGGUCAGUGUGUACUGACUGUUUACAGGCAGGGCCGCAUGUUCAGGCCGCAGCUAGAGGGAGCUUGGGCAGAUUUCAGUUGCUCUUUUCUGAUAGUUUCAAAGGCUGCUUCACACUCCAGAAAAUGGCUUCAGCAGGCCCUCUUUCAAACAGCCAUACAAUACUUACUGUGACCAACAGAGGGGCUGUGUGCCUCUCUCUAGAGCCAGGAACGUCAGGUAACUUGUAACAAAUUAAUUGAACAGAAUUGCGGGGACACCAUGUUGGGAUUUAGCUUCUAGUAGAGCCUGGGCACUUGGCAGCGGUGUGUGCUGCAGUUUAAUUUUUUGCUUUAUCAUCAGCCAAAGGUUUAAAAUGUCACACUUUAGGGACUUUUUUUUUCCCAACUGACUGGACCUCGUCCUUUGACCGGAGUGUCUGACAUGUCACCACGUUGCCUGUGUUGCUGAUCACCAUCCAGUUCUGUGGAACGGGCUGUGGCAUUUCCCAAAAUCCCCACCUGUGGCUGCAGACUGAGUGCUGGCCUGCUCAGACCCCGCGGCUCAGCAGGCCAGCACUCCACCCUCAGGCCCGAGCCACACGGGAGCUUCUAGAACCGUUUACAGUCACGGUCUUGCUGGCUCAGCCCGCUUGUCUUGCACAUCUGACCUAGCAGAAGCUGGGGUGGGUGGUAGCCUGCUAAUUAAGAGAAUCGGAAGUUCCCAAAGCUGGCUCCUCACUCCAGUACAAUCCAGAGCAGCCCUCCUGCCCACCAAGAGCAGCGCUCCACAGCACAGGUUGGGGAAACGCCUGUGAAGGCCGUGGCUGGAGGAAGCAGCCAAUGGGCAGAGGUUUCCAAACUACUUGAAGGUCUUUAAAAAAAAUGUCCCAGGACAACAAAAAUCAAGAUGUGUAAAUAAAAUGUUAUUUUAAAAGGUCAAA